ACGGUACUACGGUAGCGAAUGUCUACGCGCUGAUGUGACUGCACAUUGUUUGAGGAAAUACUGCUGAAUUUGUUGAGCCGGCGCGCUCGUGGUUGAUGAAUUUCAACGAUGGGAUGUAUAUCUGGUCGGGACCUACGCCACUGCUUCAUUGCGAACCUGUACUUCCCGUCGGUGCGCCUCGUGCUUACCAACGCGCGCAUUGAGUAACAUACGCAUGUACCUCUGGAUUAACAUACUUUGGUCUCGACAAUCGCUUUCGAGCUCUGAUGCGGACCCCCAGCUGCAUACGCUGGGUGACUUCUGCAUCGACGAGUACAAGCCUGUAAAGGUCAUUGUUAUCGGCGCAGGCUUCAGCGGUAUUACGGCUGGCGUACGGUUCCCUCAGAAGAUACCGAACGUAGACUUGACGAUCUACGAGAAGAGCGCAGGCGUCGGCGGGACGUGGUACAACAACAAGUACCCAGGGCUCGCAUGCGACAUUCCGGCGCACUGUUAUCAGCUCACGUUUGCAGAGAAGAAAGACUGGUCGGCGUUUUACGCACCCGGUCCCGAGAUUCGCGACUACCUGCAAGGUGUCGUGGACAAGUACAAGCUCAUGCGCUACAUAAAGCUCCAGCACGAAGUCAUUCACGCGCAGUACGACGAAUCUGCAGGCAAGUGGCACGUCCGCGUGCGCCGACCCAACCCCGAGACCGGUGUGCCCGAGGAGAUCGAAGACAGCGCGGAUGUGCUGCUUACUGCGCUCGGCUCGCUCAGUCGGUGGAAGUGGCCGGACAUCGACGGGCUGCAGGACUUCAAGGGCGAGCUGCACCACAGCGCGGGCUUCGACCCUAACGACAAGACGUGGCAGGAGGUUGCCAAGGCGUGGGAGGGCAAGAACGUCGGCGUCAUCGGCCUGGGGUCGAGCGCACUGCAACUCGUCCCAGCGCUGCAGCCCCGCGUGCACACGCUCGUGAACUACGUGCGCGGAAAGACAUGGCUCGCGGUGCCCUUCGCGGGUAACACGUUCGCGGAGCUUCUGAGCCGCGACUCCAAGACGGCGGAGGACUAUAGGUUCACGCCAGAAGAGAUCGAGCGCUUCAAGAGCGACCCGGAGUUCUACAAUAACUUUAGGCUCAGGCUCGAGACCGAGAUCAACAGCCUGCAUUCGUCGACUCUACGAGGCUCGCCUAUGCAGAUGCAAGCACAGGCCCUGUUCCGUGAGAACAUGGAGAGGAAGCUCGCGAAGCGGCCCUGGAUUGCAGAGAAGCUUAUUCCAGACUUUCCGGUGGCGUGUAGGCGGCUCACCCCAGGCCCCGGAUACCUGGAAGCCUUGUGCGAAGAUAACGUCGAGUUCAUAUCCGCGCCAAUCAAGCGUAUCACAGAGAAGGGGAUUGAGACCGCCGACGGCAAGCACCAGGACCUGGAUGUACUCUUCUGCGCCACAGGUUACGAUACGUCCUUCCAGCUACCGCUCAAGAUAGUCGGGCGCGGUGGGGUCGACAUCAACGACCGGUGGCUGCCGCACCCGGUCUCGUACCUCUCCGUCGCAGUCGACGGAUUCCCGAACAUGUUCAUCUCGUUCGGGCCGAACUCGGGCGUCGGCUCCGGCUCGCUGCUUGCGCUCAUUGAGUACCAGGUGAUGUACGCGGUCCAGGCAACCGCGAAGUUGCAGCGCGAGCGCCUGAAGAGCAUCGAGGUCAAGCCGGAGGCGCUGCAUGACUUUGACCAGUACCUUGAGGCGUAUUUCCCGAAGACGGUGUACAGCGAGAAGUGUCGCUCGUGGUACAAGAUGGGCCUGGAAGAAGGGCGGGUUGCUGGGCUCUGGCCAGGCUCUACGCUGCACGCGCUCAAAUCGCUCGCGUACCCCCGGUGGGAGGAUUACAACUAUGAGGCCGCUGACCCGGUCCAGAAUCGCUUCUACUGGCUCGGUGAUGGUCAGACUCAUAACGAGAAGACGUUGACCGGUGACAGAGCCUGGUACCUGCGCGAGCCGUUCCUUGAUAUACCGCCUGUUCCCAGUGUUUAG